AUGGAAUUAUUAAAAACAUUAAGGGCAUCCUCACCAGUUUUUCCAAAUGACUCAAGUGUAAUAAAAGCAGUAUCAAUGACAGAUACAAUAGAUCUUGCAUUAAAACAAUUAAUUUCAAAUAAUAUUUUAUCUGCUCCUGUUUAUAACCCAAAUGAAAAGAAAUAUUAUUGUUUCUUUUCAAUGUUAGAUUUAAUUAAAGAGAUUGUUACAACAUCAACAACUCAACAUUGGGAACAAGAAGGUGAUAUCAAUACUGUUUUAUUGGAUCUUCAAGAUAGAAAAUUAUUUAAAAAAAGUAUAGUGGCUGAUAUUUGUGAUUCAUCAAAAAGAGAUCCUUUCAUUGUAGUCGAUAGUGAAACUAUGUUGGAUAAUGUCGCUGGUUUAAUGGUUAAAAAUAAUAUUAGAAGAGUUGCCGUAUUAAAUCAAAAAGGUGAACUUUGUAAUAUAAUUACAAAUUCAAGAAUUAUUGAAUGUAUAUCUCAUUUAUUUGCAAUGGAUAAAGAAUUAGAAAAAUUAGGUAAAAUGACAAUUAAAGAGAUGAAAAUUGGUACAAGUGAUGUAGUUUCAAUUUCAAGCGAUAAAAAAGCAUGGGAUGCAUUCAAAUUAAUUUCAAAAAUGGGUGUUAGUGGUGUUGGUGUUACAGAUUCACAAGGUAAAUUAAUUGGCGCUAUUGGUGAUAGUGAUUUAAAGUUAAUUAAACCAAAAUUCCAAUACCUUCAAUUAUUACAUUUACCUGUAUCUGAAUAUUUACAAGCUUUAAAAAAAGUCACUGAUAAUAAUUAUAUUUUUUGUAAACCAAGUGAUACAUUUAAAAGUGUUGUUGAAAAUGUUUCUGAAAAAAAAGCACAUAGAGUAUUUGUUGUAAAUGAUGAUCAUCAUCCAAUUGGUGUUGUUUCUUUACAAGAUAUUUUAGAACAAAUCGUUAUUCAUCAUAAAAAAUAA